UCUAAAAAUUCAGUCAUAUAUUCUAUUGAAGAGAAUUCUGUUGGACGGUCUUAGGAAGAAAUGUUACGAGCACAAAACCUCUUUCACAACACUUUACAAGUUUGCGUGGAUAGCUUUCGUGCGAGUUUAUUUACUCGUAGUGGUCCUAUCAUUCGAUCUCAUUUGCAUGAUGCUUGCUUUUUUACCUCCUCCUCAUUCUUUUUCAGUCAAGAACCUAACAUUGUCAACGCAGCACAAGCAGAGAAAGAAUAUGGCGUAAAGCUUAAAAGCAAGUUCUUAGAAAAAUAUCAAGACGUUGUAGAAAACACUGGAGUGACAGAUCCUAAGCUCGCUGCUCGUCAACACGAACGAGGAAAGCUCACAGCUCGAGAGAGACUACAAGUGCUACUCGAUCCAGGAACGUUUCGUGAGUAUGAUAGUUUGGUUACCCAUCGUUGUGACCUAUUUGGUAUGCAGAAUAACAGAAUUCCUGGAGAUGGUGUUGUGACUGGACACGGAAAAAUCAACGGUAGAGACGUUUGUGUAUUUGCCCAAGACUUUCUCGUAGUUGGCGGCACUUUAUCGCAAACCCACGCCCAAAAGAUAUGCAAAGUGUUGGAUAGAGCAGUUGAUGCCGGAGUCCCUGUUAUUGGAUUGAAUGAUUCAGGUGGAGCGAGAAUUCAAGAAGGUGUUGAUGCCUUGGCAGGUUAUGCAGAAGUCUUUAAGCGUAAUGUUCUUACUUCCGGUGUUGUACCUCAAAUAUCUGUUAUUAUGGGUCCUUGUGCAGGAGGUGCUGUCUAUUCUCCAGCGUUGACAGAUUUCGUUUUUAUGGUGAAUGAAACUUCGCACAUGUUUUUAACAGGUCCCGAUGUAGUGCGUUCAGUGACUCAAGAACAAGUAACUCAAGAAGAACUUGGUGGUGCAGCAGUACAUACAAGUCGCUCUGGAGUCGCUCAUGUCUUGUCUAAUAAUGAUAUCGAAGCAUUGUCACAAGUACGCACAUUAAUAUCUUAUCUUCCUUCUUCAUGGAGAGAUAUGGCUCCUACUCUUCGUCCAGUAGAGACAGAUCCUCCUACAAGAGAAGACUCAUUUUUGAAUCGCAUCGUUCCAGCAGAUCCCAAUUCUCCAUAUGAUAUGCACCAAGUUAUCUAUAGAACUGUAGACUCGGGAGAAUUUUUUGAAAUUCACAAACAUUUUGCUCCCAACAUUCUCGUCGGUUUUUCUCGAAUGAAUGGUCAAACUGUCGGCAUUGUUGGAAAUAAUCCUGCUAGUCUUGCCGGAGUUUUGGAUAUCAAUGCAUCCGUGAAAGCUGCACGAUUCGUCCGAUUCUGUGACGCAUUUAGUAUUCCAAUCAUUACAUUCGUCGACGUUCCUGGUUUCCUACCUGGUACUCCACAGGAAUACGGUGGUAUUAUUCGACAUGGUGCCAAGUUGUUAUAUGCUUAUGCUGAAGCAACGGUGCCAAAAAUUACAAUCAUUACUCGUAAGGCUUAUGGUGGUGCUUAUUGUGUCAUGUCAUCCAAACAGUUACGAGGAGAUAUCAAUUAUGCAUGGCCAUCAGCUGAAGUUGCUGUUAUGGGAGCCAAAGGUGCUGUGGGAAUCAUUUUUAGAGGACUCACAGAAGAAGAAAAGGAAAGACAAGUAGAAGACUAUGAGAGAGAGUUCUUGUCUCCUAUGGUUUCUGCUCGCAGAGGUUAUGUUGAUGAGAUUAUUCAACCAAGUACAACAAGAAGAAGAAUAUGUGAAGACUUGGUGCUUUUGGCAAACAAAGAUGAGUCAACUGUUCGGGAAGCAACUCCACAAAAGAAACAUGGAAAUAUUCCGUUGUGAGAAACUAUAUCUUCUCAAUGACUACGGU